GAGAGAGCUUGCGAAAGACAGCAGAACGGUCCCAGGCUUCCUCAUCUCGUUCACGUCAGAGGCAGGAACCGACCGACUGUGCUAAGGCUGUGGGCUCAACACGCAGAGACAGAGCUGGAGCAGCCUCAGACUGGGAAAGAAGACGGGGUCCUCCCUGACCCAAGGAAUUACCACUAGUGGAGUAAAGCCAUCAGACUUUUUGAUCUUAUUUGGUUGCCUCUUCUCUCCUUCCACCGGUAGACCUACCAGCAGUUGGAUUGUAUUUCUUUCGUGAAGCCUUCUCUCUCCCUCUCAAAAAAAGAGGAAGGAAAGAGAGGGAGAGAGGUGGGCGCUCUAAGUGAGCGCAUCAGCUGGCUCCAGCCCGAACAGACAAGAAUUCUCUCAGCCCAGGAAGCUCCUUUCGCUCUCCGGCUACCCAGCCCCCACCCCCCCAACCUGGGCGUCUGUAUCAGCUCCUUGCUCAGAGGACCGAUCUCUUCAGGAGUUAGAAUCAAGAGAGAACACCUGAGAGGGCGACAUCACGAAGAUUCCUAUUACUCCAUGCCGGCUAUUACGGGGAGUUCUUGAACCAAGCCCUGGCUGAGAGGAUGGGGGUCGACGGGGAAACGGUGGUCUUGAAGAACAUGCUCAUUGGUGUAAACCUGAUUCUCCUGGGAUCCAUGCUCAAACCUUCUGAGUGUCGGCUGGAGGUGACCACAGAAAGGGGCCAGAGACAAACUGUGGAGGAGGAAGGAGGGGCUUCCAGCUACAACACAUCCAGCAAGGAACAACCUAUGGUCUUCAACCAUGUGUAUAACAUCAAUGUCCCGCUGGAGAGCCUCUGCUCCUCAGGGCUGGAGGCUUCAGCUGAACAGGAAGUGAGCGCUGAAGAUGAUACUCUGGCAGAAUACAUAGGUCAAACCUCAGAUCACGAAAGCCAGGUCACCUUUACCCACAAGAUCAACCUCCCCAAAAAAGCCUGCCCGUGUGCCAGUUCUACCCAGGUGCUGCAGGAGCUCCUAAGCCGGAUCGAGAUGCUGGAGAGGGAGGUGUCGUUGCUGCGAGACCAGUGCAGCACCAACUGCUGUCAGGAAAGUGCAGCCACAGGACAACUGGACUAUGUCCCUCACUGCAGCGGCCAUGGCAACUUUAGCUUUGAGUCCUGUGGCUGCAUCUGCAAUGAAGGCUGGUUUGGCAAGAACUGCUCAGAGCCCUACUGCCCACUGGGCUGCUCCAGUCGGGGGGUGUGUGUCGAUGGCCAGUGCAUUUGCGACAGUGAAUACAGUGGCGACGACUGCUCUGAGCUGCGGUGCCCAACGGACUGCAGCUCCCGGGGGCUCUGCGUGGAUGGAGAAUGUGUCUGUGAAGAGCCCUACACAGGCGAGGACUGCAGGGAGCUGCGGUGCCCCGAGGACUGUUCAGGGAAGGGGCAGUGUGCCAAUGGUACAUGCCUGUGCCAAGAGGGCUAUGCUGGGGAAGACUGCAGCCAGCGCCGGUGUCUGAACGCCUGCAGUGGGCGAGGACACUGCCAGGAGGGACUCUGCGUCUGUGAGGAGGGCUACCAGGGCCCCGAUUGCUCAACAGUUGCCCCUCCAGAGGACUUGCGAGUGGCUGGUAUCAGCGACAGGUCCAUUGAGCUGGAAUGGGACGGGCCGAUGGCAGUGACGGAAUAUGUGAUCUCUUACCAGCCGAUGGCCCUGGGGGGCCUCCAGCUCCAGCAGCGGGUGCCUGGAGAUUGGAGUGGUGUCACCAUCACGGAGCUGGAGCCAGGUCUCACCUACAACAUCAGCGUCUACGCUGUCAUUAGCAACAUCCUCAGCCUUCCCAUCACUGCCAAGGUGGCCACUCAUGUCUCCACUCCUCAAGGGCUACAGUUCAAGACGAUCACAGAGACCACCGUGGAGGUGCAGUGGGAGCCCUUCUCAUUCCCCUUCGAUGGGUGGGAGAUCAGCUUCAUUCCAAAGAACAAUGAAGGAGGGGUGAUUGCUCAGCUCCCCAGCGACGUUACCUCCUUCAACCAGACAGGGCUGAAGCCCGGAGAGGAGUACAUUGUGAAUGUUGUGGCUCUGAAGGAACAAGCCCGCAGCCUCCCUACCUCUGCCAGCGUCUCUACUGUCAUUGAUGGGCCCACGCAGAUCCUGGUUCGAGAUGUCUCUGACACUGUGGCCUUUGUAGAGUGGACCCCACCUCGAGCCAAAGUCGACUUCAUUCUCUUGAAAUAUGGCUUAGUGGGUGGAGAAGGCGGGAAGACGACCUUCCGGCUGCAGCCUCCCCUAAGCCAGUACUCAGUGCAAGCCCUUAGACCUGGCUCCCGCUAUGAGGUCUCAGUCAGUGCAGUCCGAGGAACCAAUGAAAGCGAUGCCACAAGUACCCAAUUUACAACAGAGAUUGAUGCUCCCAAGAAUUUGCGAGUGGGUUCCCGCACAGCAACUAGCCUUGACCUUGAGUGGGAUAACAGCGAGGCAGAAGCUCAGGAGUACAAGGUUGUGUACAGCACCCUAGCGGGUGAGCAGUACCAUGAAGUGCUGGUCCCCAAGGGCAUUGGUCCAACUACCAGGACCACCCUCACGGAUCUGGUACCAGGCACAGAAUACGGAGUUGGGAUAUCUGCCGUCAUGAACUCAAAACAAAGCAUUCCUGCUACCAUGAACGCCAGGACUGAGCUUGACAGUCCCCGAGACCUUAUGGUAACAGCCUCAUCAGAGACCUCUAUCUCUCUCAUCUGGUCCAAGGCCAGCGGUCCCAUUGAUCACUACCGAAUUACUUUCACCCCAUCUUCUGGGAUCUCCUCAGAAGUCACUGUGCCUAGGGACAGGACAUCAUACACUCUGACAGAUCUAGAGCCCGGAGCAGAAUACAUCAUCUCUAUCACGGCUGAGAGGGGUCGGCAGCAGAGCCUGGAGUCCACUGUGGAUGCCUUUACAGGCUUCCGCCCUAUCUCCCAUCUGCACUUUUCUCACGUGACUUCCUCCAGUGUCAACAUUACCUGGAGUGACCCAUCUCCCCCAGCAGACAGACUCAUCCUCAACUACAGCCCCAGAGAUGACGAGGAAGACACGAUGGAGGUCCUCCUGGAUGCCACCAAGAGGCAUGCUGUCCUGAUGGGGCUACAGCCAGCCACUGAAUACAUAGUGAACCUUGUAGCUGUCCAUGGGACUGUAACCUCUGAGCCCAUAGUGGGUUCCAUCACUACAGGAAUUGAUCCCCCCAAAAACAUCACAAUUAGCAAUGUGACUAAGGACUCGGUGACGGUUUCCUGGAGCUCUCCUGUCGCACCUUUUGACUACUACCGUGUGUCAUAUCGACCCACACAAGUGGGACGGCUGGACAGCUCUGUGGUGCCCAACACUGUGACAGAGUUCACCAUCACCAGGCUGUAUCCAGCUACUGAAUAUGAAAUAAGCCUCAACAGUGUGAGGGGCAGGGAGGAAAGUGAGCGCGUCUGUACCCUGGUGCACACAGCCAUGGAUAGCCCUACGGAUCUGACUGCUACCAAUAUCACCCCCACAGAAGCUCUGCUUCAUUGGAAAGCACCCAUGGGUGAAGUGGAGAACUAUGUCAUUGUCCUCACACACUUUGCGAUUGCAGGAGAGACCAUCCUGGUUGAUGGAGUCAGUGAAGAAUUCCAGCUUGUUGACCUGCUUCCUAGCACCCGUUAUACCGUCACCAUGUAUGCCACCAGUGGGCCUCUCGUGAGUGGCACCAUUGCCACCAACUUCUCUACCCUUCUGGACCCUCCUGCCAACCUGACAGCCAGCGAAGUCACCAGGCAAAGUGCACUGAUCUCCUGGCAACCACCCAGAGCAGAUAUUGAAAACUAUGUCUUGACAUACAAAUCCUCCGAUGGCAGCCGCAAGGAGCUGAUUGUGGAUGCUGAGGACACAUGGAUCCGACUGGAGGGCCUGUCAGAGAACACAGAUUACACAGUGCUCCUACAGGCAGCUCAGGAAGCCACAAGGAGCAGCCUCACCUCUACUGUCUUCACCACAGGGGGCCGGCUAUUCUCUCUUCCUCAAGACUGUGCCCAGCACUUGAUGAAUGGAGAUACUCUGAGUGGAGUUUACACCAUCUUCCUCAACGGGGAGCUAAGCCACAAGCUGCAAGUAUACUGUGACAUGACCACAGAUGGGGGCGGCUGGAUUGUGUUCCAGAGGCGGCAGAACGGCCAAACUGAUUUUUUCCGGAAAUGGGCUGAUUAUCGUGUUGGCUUUGGGAAUCUGGAGGAUGAGUUUUGGCUAGGGCUAGAUAACAUCCACAGGAUAACAGCCCAGGGUCGCUACGAGCUGCGAGUUGAUAUGAGAGACGGGCAGGAGGCAGCCUUCGCCUACUAUGACAAGUUCGCUGUAGAGGACAGCAGAAGCCUAUACAAGCUCCGCAUAGGAGGCUACAAUGGCACUGCAGGAGACUCCCUCAGCUAUCACCAGGGACGCCCUUUCUCCACGGAGGACAGAGACAACGAUGUUGCAGUCACCAACUGUGCCAUGUCAUACAAGGGUGCUUGGUGGUAUAAGAACUGCCACCGGACCAACCUCAACGGGAAGUAUGGGGAGUCCAGGCACAGUCAGGGGAUCAACUGGUACCACUGGAAAGGCCAUGAAUUCUCCAUCCCCUUUGUAGAAAUGAAGAUGCGGCCCUACAACCACCGGCUCACGGCCGGGAGAAAACGGCGAGCCUUGAAAUUCUGAGCACUGGGCAGCCAGCCACCAGCCAGACGAUCUUUUUUGUCAUUUGUUUGUAUUUUAUAAUAUGAGACAAGGGGGGAGGGGCAACAGUAACGUGCUUCACAACAUACUCAGAGCAUCUGAAGGAAGCAGGGAUCAGUUAGGUACCAUCUGCCCAUAGUUUCUGCUGCCUUGGAGCCUGACCCUCGGGCUACACGCUCCCUGCUAAUCAGUCCUCCAUAAUCAUCCCCUCCUUUCUCACAGAGGAGGAAAACUGGGGAGUUGAAAACACAAUUCAAAAACAGACCAUAAAAUACAGAUUGUUAUGGUGACAGGCACACACACACACACACCUUCUUCCUCUACUAUCUUCUGAGACACCUUCCUCUUCUAAAUAAUAGUAAACUGGUCACAGCCAACCAUGGCCAGGUAACCACACCAGUGCAGGGGAGCUCCAGUAAGAAAGCUUGGCCAGUCUCCUCUUAAGAAGGAAGACACCUGCCACACCCCAACACAACAGCCCAAGUUCAUUGAAAUGAGCUAAAGAUUUUCACAUUCUGACACUUAACAUGCAGGAGGAGUGGCUUCUCUUCCAGCCCCACCGCUUCUCUAGUGCUAUCCCUUAGAGCCUAUAGACCUAACAACCCAAUCAUUGUUUAAAACUCCAGUUGCCAAAGUUGUCUGCCAGUGCCCCUGGGUGUCAUAAGCCACUGUCAUGAAAUAACUUUGGUGGUGAGACUUGGAGAAGGGUUUUGUUUUUAACUUACAUCAGGCAUUGAGAAGGGACAGGAGUAGAAAUCAGGGCACCUACCAGGGAGUCUGUAAGUCCCACUGGAAACUGACCUUACUUAGAGAUUCUUUUUUUGCAUUUCUGAUCAAAGUUACCAUGCAUUCCUUCCCCUGAUGUCCUAGUUGAAGGUCUCUAGUUCUGUCUUCAGCCAGGCUACCCUCAGUGCAAGUGGCUUAGCAAUAAUCAGGGGAAGAAGUUGUAUGAGCAUCAGCCAUUCUGCUGACUAAUAUAUCGCCCUAGGAGGAGAGAGAAUGGUUGUUCUGGUCUUUUGUUUUGGUCUUGUGGUAGGUAGAGCCGACCCCUCCAAAAGGUGAGAUCAUGAGAAACAUUUUCCACACCCCUUUAUUAUUCUGCUUUGGGAAUAAAAAUGAAAAGUGCCAGAGGAAAUUGCAUUUCGAACUCCAAAGGUGAGAGGAGCGAACCCUCCGCCCCCACAUGAUUUGAUUUUUAAGCCCCGGGGAACUGGAGGCUAUAGAAGCCAUGACCUCUCCGUUUCUUCUCAAAUCAAAACCCAGCCAGUCUUCCCUGCAGCAUCUGCCCAAACUGCACCAAGGUUCUCAGCUGGUCUCUCCUUGUCCUCACUCCUCCCCGAGGCCCCACUGUGUCCGCUACAGGGCCCAUGGCUGCCAUCUGGGGCAUCUUGUACCUUUGCCAACCAAGUUACAGAUCUAACAGACACUAUCUAACCAAGCUUAGGGCCAGAAGCAACAGGCCUCUUGGAGGACAAUCACACACCCAGCAUCGUGAAGUUGGAGUCAGCUUGCCAUUUUCUCCAUCUUUGUGAUGGAGACUCACUGCCACACUCAUGGCCAAACAAUACAAGUAGAGUUUUUAUUUCUUAAUCCAACAUGUACUUCAAACAGCUAAGAGAAAGAAGAAUAAAGAAGAACCUAUAAGUUAUAUGAGAUUUAACUAUAUAGCUCAACCAUGCAGCAUUGGAGGUAAACACACUCAGUUAGGGACUUGAGGGCUGUGAUAUAGGGCCACCUCUAAGACCUUGAUGGGUUUAUUCACAUCUUUGGGCCUCAGGUUCCUCACCUAUUGAAUCGGAGCUUAGGCCAAAAGGAUUUCUAACACUCUUUCAGUUUUCAGUCCAUAAUGUGAAUCUGUGAUAGGAAACACAGGAUCAAAGUUGGCCUUGGUUCACCAUCACAAUUAAGGAAAAGUAAGAAUUCCCACAGAGGAGAUGGAGGAAGGGAAGGGAAAAAGGGGAGGGAAGGAGACCGUUUCAGAACUCUCUCUCUCAGAGAGAGAGAGAGAGAGACAGAGACAGAGACAGAGAGAACAAUGCCAAGAGAAGCUGAAGUCAUUAUGUAUUGUGUCUGUGCACGAGAGCCAAGGGCCUGGGUGUGUCCGUACAGCCCACCUCAUCAAGGAAGCCGAAAUGGAACAAGAUUGCAAGUCAUCAGUUCCAGGGAAAAAUCAAGAAACAUCAAUGGAAAUCUAAACCUGCCUUUCAUGGGAACUAUUUUAUCCUGUGGAACCUUUUUUAUAAAUAGUAUCAGCAGCAGCAUCUGGAAUCAUUUAAAGCAACUGUAAAGUAAGGAAGGGACUUCAAAGAUCAGCUCAUCUGACCUUCUGUAAAAGGGUUUCUAGAUUCCUUUUUUUAAGGAGAGAGAGACCCACACCAAACUAUGUUUUGAAGAGACUGUGCAGUCCACUGUCUUCCCAAGAUCCGUGGCCAGCUUGAGGCAAAACAUGUGAACUUGACUGACUUAAUCCUCUGCACCUCUUCACUGGGCUUCUUAAAGAUUCCUAUUUUAUCUGCUCCUUCCCACACCUGGUUUUGUUCCUGACGAGGCAGGCAACAAUACUCAGCACCCAUCCUAAGCACCCAACUUACCCAUAAAGGACUAGGAUUGACUUGAAGUAGACCCUGUUAAGAUGAUGAGUGUAAUUGCAGACACUUUAGAAUACACACUUACAGGAAAACCCAAACAAUAACAACCAGUCACUAGUGACCACCAAGGAUUCACGGCCAAGAAUCGAGAGCCAGGCGGCUCUGCUCUUCCUCUUUGCAUGCCCUGUUGCUGAUUGUUUUCAGCAUAUUGAAUUCGCAUUUUCCAAGGGCUGCCUCUGGAAGAGAUUGACUGUGAAGACUCUUCAUCUGGGAUGACAAACCUGAAGAAGGUACUAGCCUUCAGAACAUACUUUUGGGUAAAGGGGACUUGAUGAGGGGACAACAUCGUCAUGUUCACAGCACCCAGACACCUACUUAACUGCUUUUGAAAAGCAGGGAAUGAUGGAGCGUGGUUCCUCUGGUUCCAGGUGAGCUCGGGCCAAAGAAGAGCCCAGAACUCAUUAAACAGGAGAUUGGUUUGUAAAAGAAUAGCAACAUGGCAGCAGGGAAAAGUGAAGCAAAUGUCUAUGGAUGUUUAGAUUUCUCCUCUCCCAGCUACCAACACCCUAUCUCUAAAGAGGUGAGGUUCACCCCUAAUAUCUUGGUGCUUUCCACUGGGGAGCCAGUCAGCUCCUCAUAGACAGAACACUCAUUUCAAAGGUAAAUGUGAAGUACCCAGGUUGCCUUGCCAGCGAGCUGGAUGCCUAAACAAACUACCCUAAACAUAUUUUUACCUUCAGAAGUCCAGCGUCAGGGCAGAGCUAUAGAUUACGGGGCAAGAGGUCAUUAAAGAAUCUUUUUAAAGCAUGGGUUGAGAAAGGUUUGGUGAGUUCCCCUUCAUCCUUUUCUCUGGAGAAAGAAAAAUGGGACCCGUGAGAACACCAGAUGCACCAAACUGAGAGAGCAGUCAGUGACCACAUUUGAAAAUGCUCCCAAGGCUUACUUAGCGUUUGCUUUUUCCUCUACCCAGGAUUUCCAGAAGCGGAGGCACUUCCCCAGGAUAGUGUGGAGGAGUGGAGAUCUUUUCCCCCCUCUAUUUACAUCUUUCCGGCUACUCUGAAAUGUCCAUAACAAGACUCUAAAAGAUUCAAAUAACCUAAUUUCAAUCUUAGAGGAAAUGGGAUAAUGCUUAGCUUACCUCUAACUUGCCCAGGCUUCAAGAAGGGGCUUGGGAGCCCCAGAGAUGGGGUGUACCUUUAAGGUCUGGGGUUCAGUCUCUCGUCCAUCCUCCCUGGGUGGCCAGCUUUCAUUCUGAUAGUAAAGGAGUCAAGGCUCCCCCUCUGGGGAGAAGGGGGCAGAGUUAGUUGGCUCCUGGCCCAUGGUUUGGGCUUCUCUUUAUUGUCCCGCUGAGUCCUCAGAACAAAUUUCUAAAGUUCUUUGACUAACUGCUUCCCUUAGCCUUUGUUUCUUCCACAGCCCAACUCUCCCAUAUGUGGUAGCAUCUCUCCUGAUAAUAUUGCAGUAUUUUGGCCCUGCCAGGCAAAAUGGGGACUCACAGAACAAAUGAAAACUGCUCCAAUUAAGCGGGAAAACCAACUCCAUUAGUAAGAAAUGCCAUGAGAAUCAGGGAAAGGUCCUGUUUUCAGGGAUGAGUUGAUGCAGACCUGGGUCCCUUUGGAAAGAGUGGCUUUGGUUCAGCCUAACUAAAUCCACGCUGGAGUUAGAUAAAGCCAGUUUUGUAUUCUUCAAGCUCUGAAAAAGUAGCUAGGAAGAAGGGAGGGGGGUGUAAGUUAAAUAAAAGAAGCCAAUGGAGACUCAUGAAACAAAAGCAUAUCUUAGAGAUGGUCCCACAACAGAAACACAGAAACUGGGUGAGUGGCCAUGGUCAAGAUGACAGCACUGGCUUCUCUAGUUCUGGCCUCUAGACAAGGUUCCCAUGGAUUCAGUCCUUUGCAUGCAUCAGGAAGUCACUGGAAGCCGUACUGCACAGAAGCAAGAAGCAGUAGGGUUUUCUUUGUUGCUACACCAAUCUUGCCUCAACCUCGCUUUUCCUUCCCAAGCCGGCACAGCCUGGUUUGUCAUCGGAAGCAUUUCUGAUUUAUUUUUCAAGGUCACUCUGCUCCUGAAACAUGACUUCAUUGCACCUGCAGUGCUUGGUUGUCCAAAUGUCCUUGGCAAACCUCACAGUCUUUGGACAGUGUUACUUUUUUUUUUCCAAACAGGAAAUUCUCCCUCCUUCCACAGCUUAAGAAGGCUACUGCAGAAUAUCUGUUUAACACAGCCCUUGUUCCUAAGAGGGCCUCUGUUAACUUAACAGAACAGCACCCUAUUAUCCGAGCUGUGAGGCUGGGCUGAUGCUCAGUUUCAAAUUUAGAAAUAUUUAACUCUUUCAAAGCCCCUUCAUGGAUCCUUUCCUGAGCAUGGUCAAUGGCUACUUGCUCUGGUGGAAAAAGUACAAGAAACCUUGAGAUGCAGGCACACCAUACUGAGGGAGCCUGGGAGGGGGUAGCAUUGGGGGACAGAUACAUGGAUGGAAGCUGUUUUCUUCUAGUCAGUGGCUUCACGGCCCCCAGAGAAACCUAUUGCCUUUAAACAAUUCAUCAUUGUGAACUAACAUGCUCAACCCUGUCUCCUAGGCAAAUGUU